GACAAGGUCUUUGAAAAAGCGGCGCGGCUAGUUCAAGAUGGCGGAGAUGGACCAGCUGUUAGACGAGAGUGAGUAACAACACAAAUUUGAGGAGUUUUCCAUUGUAAACACACAGCCGUCCCCGUAAGAGCAGAUGUGGUAUUUUGUGAUAAAUUGUCAUUUUAUUUUAUGUUACGAGAUACAUUGGUUCGGGGCUGAGUUCAUGGACUACAUUUUACACGCAAAGAGAUACCGGUCUGUCUCAGUAAGCUAACGCUUGUUAGCAUGAGAGGCUAACCAUGGCUAAUGUUGGAGUUCAGCAAGUUACUCCAGCCCGACUGGGUAAACAAAUAACGUUAGCUUAGCUGCGAGCUAACGCAUGCUAAGCAUUUAUAUAGAGCAAUAACAAAAAAAGAGUGACCGAAAAGCCUUUUAGACUAAAUCACACUGGGUAGCCCCUAGCAUUAGCUGUCUAUUAUGCUGUGCAUAGUUAAACCUUUUCUGGUGAAUUUCACUGUUCACGGCCGUUAGCACUGGUUAACGUUACAUGGUAACUCGCCGGGUAACAGUUUAAGAAGCCGUUACAGUGAAACUAGCAGUGUUUUAUCGCUCAAAAGACUCGUAACUGCCGUUUCAGUCGUUGUGAAUGUUCUUUCUUUCACCAUGUUGUAACACAGUGAUGAUCACUUCGUUGAAUGCGUUUGUUCAGAUGAUGUAAUGCCCGUGUUUGACAGCUCAAUUUGGGUUUAAGGCCUAACUGACUGAGCUAGCUUCACCGACCAGCCAUAACAUUAAGGACGCCAGGGCAGCCUAGUGCAACCCAAUACAACAGCUCCACCACAGAGAUUCUACUUAGCAAAGCUUCUACAUUUUCAGUUCUUGUUGACAUGGUAAGACUUGUUAAGUAAUUAAGGUGUACUGGGUGUUGUAAUGUAUUAAAUGGUAAUUUCUAUAUUUUGUCCCACUCUGUGUUUUUUUAAUUUUAUUUUAUUUUUAAAGAAGUGGACAUCAUAAAGGGAACACUUUUUAACUGAACAAACUCCAGUGCACCACUACCCACUAUGUGUUGAAUAAUAAAAAAGAGGCACAGUCAUCACAAUGGUGAUCAUUAACAAAAGUAUAAAUUCAGAGGCUUAAAGUUAAAUUUGUGGUAGACUAGUUGCAUUGAAUUAAAUAAGAUACACAAGGUGGUCAUUUUCUCACUUUCAUUCUUUCUUGGCUGAUCGUUGCAUGUCUAACUUUAUUAACCAACUAGGCGACUGCUGGUUUAGAGCACACUCUCACAGACAUCAGUUUCUAAAGGAGAAAUAUUUGGUGGUUGAAAUUGAAACAAAACAUAAAACAAAAUAUUAAUUGUCUUUUGUGUUUUUGGUGUUCGAUUUGUGUUGCUGUUAAUUGAUGUUGACCAAUCUGUCAUCUUUCUCAGGCUCCUCAGCAGAGGCCCUUGUCAGUCUAAAAGGUACGUAGGCAGUAUAUUUAGCUGUUAAUAUCUUUGUAGUUUUGUUCUAGACACAGUUCUGUAUGUCUAGAGUUACAGGAAAAUGUAGACAAUUUCAUGGCUUUAGCAUGAAAUCUUUGGCAGUAAAUGAUCAUGAUUUUGAUCUUGCCUGCAUGGCUGUUCUCUGAUUGACAUAAUUUUUCCUGUAAGAGCUGAGUACAGUUUCAGACAACACAAACCCUUGACUUUUUUUAUAUGAGACCUGUGAUUCCAGUCUACAUCCACUUGAAGGUUAAAAAAAUCAAGCUAAUCUUUUAUAUGAAAUUCAGAUAAACCUAAAUAUCUAAAUGUGUAAUGAUAAUGACUUAAUUUCUAAAGCACCUUUUAUAGAUAAGUGUUUACAAAGUGCUUUGCCAUACAGGCAAUAUAUCCUAUGUUUUUAUAUUCUAUUUUCACAGAGGGGAGUUUGUCCAAUACUCUUAAUGAAAAGAACAACUUUCCCAGAGCUCACAACACCAGGGGACGGCACACCUCCCUUACAAUGGACACGGUAUGUAACAAAUCCCCUCCACUAACAGUAUUGUGAUUAUUGAGUGUAACUACAGUACUCAGAUAAUACACCAGUAGCUUAAUUUAUAUUACAAACAUAUAUUUGUGAAGUGCAGCAUUACAGCACAUAAGAAAGAAAAACUGGAUAAAAAUGAACUUAGGUAGUUUUAGGGUAUGGAAUUAACUACCUUGGUACAGGAUUAGGAUUAAUAGUGUAUACUUUCACCAGUUGGUCUAGUAAUUGCUGUUAAAGCAUAGAGUAAAUUUAAUACACAGUAAUACUAUGGAUCACUUAAAGAAAAUCACGCCCAUCUGUUUUGGUUUUGUCCAAAGUCAAGUGUGUUCUGGAGGGAGAUAAUAGUGGUCUUUCAACAGGAUACCCCCCAAAAAUCUCACAGUGGCACUGCUAGUAGUAAUACUUCAAGAAUAAUUUAAUUACAUUGUCUUUUACUCUACCAGUAAUAGACUAGACACGACUGUUGUAGUGUUUAAGUUAAUGUUGAUUUGGAUAAGCACUGCCUGUAUUGAUUUUCUUAUCAGCUGCAGUUAAUUAUUGCCUUUGCCGUUUUUAGCAGGGUAGUUGCAAUCCAAAUUUUAGUUCUUGUCUUUGCCCCUAAUUUAAUAUGUAAGGGCGUAUUUGAAAGGAGUAUACUAUUCAUAUGCAACUGGUCAGUGCAUUCACUGUCUGUCAGACCACAGGAGUGUACUCUAUCUCAAUGUAUCUGAAAGGGGAGAAGUUACAAAGGCUAGUGGAUCAUGUUUUUAUGUUGUUUUCUCUUAGAGUGAUACAGUUCUAACCUGCAUUUGUGGAUGCAGCGACAAACUGUGUUCACAGACGUUGGUCUUUGGAAGUGAUUUCAGUCUCAUGCAAUAAUUGCCACUGUAGAGUCAUGCCUGUUUUUGAUGCAGUGCUGCCUGAGGGCCCGAAAAGCAAAACCAUCCUGUAUUGGUUAUUGAUCUCCCUUUUGUGCCAUGAUUUCUCCUGAUUCUCUAAAUCUUUUAAUGUGCUGUAGUUCAUAAUGUAAUUAAUUUCUUUGCAAUUUUACACGAAGGAACAUUGUGAACUGUUUGUUCAUGCAGUUUCUAAUCAUGUGGUGAAUCUUUUCCAUCCAGUUAGUUUUUUAGUGAGCAAUACACAGCUUUUUCAGUGAUCUGAAAUGUAUUGCUGACAUCAUAUUUAAAAUAGGCUUAUAACUUUUUAUAAAAUAAUACAAUUUUUUGAAUGAUUUGUCAUGUUGUCUUUGCACUUUUUCAAUUAGAUAUAGGCUUUAUAUUUUUUUGAAAGUAUAAUAUUUUUGUUUUUUAUCAACAUUGUACACUAUACCCCAACUCUUAUGACAUAGAGAUUGUUUAAUAUUAGUGUGUUCUUUCUCUCUGAGAUUGUCAAUUUCUAUUCAAAGAAAAAAAACAUCUUUUGUGAAUGUCAGUCUGGAAAAAUACUGAGCAUGAUAAAUGAUGAUAAAUCCAUGUUAUCUGAAACAGGUGUGUAUUUACUAAAUGUAGUUGAUACCGGUUUUUUUUUUUUAUCAUAGAAAAAUGUUAUUCUUAGGAUACAAACCUCUACACACACACACACACACGCACACACACACACACACACACACACACACAUAAAUAUUCACUUGUUCUGAAAUGGUUCAAAUCCAGAAUCUCUUAAUUUUCACUAAAUCCUCAUCUUCUUUGUCCUUCCAGCCCACACGGGGCUCAAAGAGGAGCCGUUUGUUUCGGGAGGAGGAUGAGCCACCCCAGCAGCGUCUCCCAUCAAGGUCUCCUCGGAGGAGCCAGAGGGUCACCACCACACCACAGGUGUGCACAUUGGCAGGGUUCAUUUUUAUGAUAAACUUGUUGAGCUUGUCAAGCAGUGAUGCUUAUGUCACAAUUAUCACCCAGUGCUUUACAGUAAGAUGCAUAACACUACUGAUGCAGUGAGGUCACUAGACCGAUAAUGUGUUAUUUUUUAUAUCGUAACUCUUCUAGUGGUUUGUUUGCAGCAUUUAAGGUAUUCUUUUAAAGCGUUAUAAAGGGAUCCAGGAUGUCUGAACACAGUUGUAGAGGAACAUAGUAUGGAGAAGAACUUCACACCAUACAGCUACCUGCCCUUUUUUAAAGGAAUAUUCCAGAGUAAAAUUAAUUUAGGGUCAAACACACCGCAACACUGAGUUUGACACCCCCUCUCGAGAUGAAUGUUGCCGACUGCUUGCUUCUGUAGUUAUACCAACUUUAGUAACAACAGCACGGUAGCAAUAUACAGCAGUCUGAGGAGCCAUAAACAAACCUCAACCAAAAAGCCGCUCUAUAGUCACAAAUAAUGCUUAGAACAGCACCUAGCUUCAUCAACAGUACAAAUAGGGUCCCAGCCAUAGUACUAGCCAUCAAACAUCUUUUUAACUUUGCCUGAUUUGUUUAGCAAAGAGACUAAACACAACUUACCCAGUCUCUUCCAGCAGCUGCUUGUUUGUAGUGAGACCUCAGGUCAGUCCAUUACAGACUGCUGCGGGGUGACGCAGCUCAAGGAAGAACAUUUAUGAUCAUAUCUUCUUGGAAAUGCAACCAGACCGAGACACUGAGGCAGAAGAACUAUCGCGUCUGCAGUGUAAAAUGAUUAAUAUGGUGAUUAUUACUUCAAGGAAAUGAUAAAGUAAUGAGAACUGUUUGUGGCUAUAGAGUGGCUUUUUGGUUGAGGUUUGUUUAUGGCUACUCAGACCUGUGUAUUAUCAGGCUGUAUAUUGCUGCCGUGCUGUUGUUACUGAAAUUGGUAUAACUAGAGAAGCAAGUGGUCGGCAACAUUCAUCUCUCAAGGGGGUGUCUAACUCAGUUUUAGGGUGUGUUUGACCCUAAAUUAAUUUUACUCAGGAAUAUCCCUUUAGGCAGUCAAAAAGCAGACAAAAUAAAUCUAAUGUUGCCUUCUCAUUAAUUACCUGCUUGGCCACGUAUACAUUUAGCCUGACUUAGCUAAGAAUUUACAUAUUUGCCUUCAUUCAAAUUUUUUUAGGAGAUGAAAUUUUUACUGUUGCCUUCUUUAUUUGAGAAUAAAUGAGGUUUUGUUUCAUUAAACCCCUCAGGUAUUUUGGAUUUUACUCAGUUCUAUAAUAUCAGCAUGCAUGCAUCUUUGGAAUACAUGUGACUAAGUUGAAUGUUUUUUUUUAUUGCUUUUCCUGGCAGAAAUUUUCUAAUGUGGUAACACCUGAUAAGAAGGCCUCCCAGAAAAUAGGGCUAAGAUUAAGAAACCUUCUUAAACUGCCUAAAGCUCACAAAUGGUGCAUCUACGAAUGGUUCUACUCUAAUAUUGACAGGUAAAGUCCCACUUUCACCUUUUUUUAAAUAAAUAAAUAAAUCAGUUUUGUUGACAGAAAUAAAUUGAUAGUUACAGUGAUGCAGCUUUUUGGUAUUGUAUAGUAACAUGGAAGGGUUUGAAGACUUAUUGGGCUGCAAUCUCAGACAACUUCACAGCAUAGCUUUAUUUUUUGACUGUGUCACGCAAUUUUCUCUGAAAAUUAUUUUUCUUUUUCAGACCUCUCUUCGAGGGUGACAAUGAAUUCUGCCUGUGUCUCAAGGAGUCUUUUCCCAACUUAAAAACAAGGAAGCUGACACGGGUUGAGUGGGGAACUAUCAGAAGACUGAUGGGUAAACCUCGACGGUAAGCUCCAGUCUCUGAGCUGUGUGGCUUGGCACAACAUUUGAUUUGAAAAUGUUGGUCUUUGUCUCCUGACUUAGUGUUGAAAUUUUUUAAAAUGUACUUUGUAAAGUAUUUUGUCUCCUAGAUGACAUCCUGAGAGAAAUGAUCAUGCAGCAGUAUAACUUGUUGUGCCAUCCAGGUGUUCCUCUGCAUUCUUUGAUGAGGAGCGGACAGCACUGAGACAGAAGAGGCAGAAGAUGCGUCUGCUGCAGCAAAGAAAACUAUCUGAUGUAUCAAACUGCAAAGACCUUCCAGAUGAAAUUCCCCUGCCACUCAUUAUAGGAACCAAAGUCACAGGUAGGAUUUCGGAAAUGUACAUAACGCACUUUAAGUUUGAAUAACCCUGGUAAAAUGAUGUGAUGGAGAGAUUACCUGUUUAUUUUUCAUUCCAAGAAAUAAGGCAUUAGUAUAAUGUGUCCAACUUAUACUCAUAUACUUGUGUGGUAUUACAUUUUUAUGAGUUAAAAUAUGAGGAGUAGUAGUAAAAACAGCACUGUCUUUUCCAGCUCGACUCCGAGGCGUCCAUGAUGGCUUGUUCACAGGGCAGAUCGAUGCAGUGGACACAAGCGCUGCCACCUAUCGUGUCACCUUUGACCGAAGUGGCCUGGGGACACACACUGUGCCUGACUAUGAAGUCUUGGUAAGAUUUGCCUCAGGGCCAGCUAAAAGACUACAUCUGUGUUUAUAUUAAGUCUUUGAACACCUAAAUCCUCUUUCUUAACCUUUUAUACUAUGGACCAAAAUAAUGCAGAGUAAUGUGAAACAGGUAUUCAUCAUAGAAUUACAACAGCUGUUCUAGGUUUAUUGCUAAAUGUUAUAUGUCUCUUGGUGUUCUGCAGAGCAAUGAGCCCAAUGAGACCAUGCCCAUUACAGCCUUUGCCCAGAAACAUCGGACGUCUCGUUACCUGCAGAAUCUUACGACUCCGCCCAGAGGGCCUUACCCGUCCACUACCACUCCUGUCCUCAUGGUAUUGUAGACACACAUCUAAUGUUCCUUAAUAUACACAGAUGGUACAUUCAAGUAUCAGUUUACAUUGACUCACAUUUUUUUAAGUUAAGCUUCUGUGGUGGACUCUUCUAAAGGUAGCUGCUAACUGACUGGGUGCUAUUGAACAUUUGAGCAGAAGCAGGGUGUAGAUGCCACUUGUUUAGUGUGUAUUAAAAUAUAUUUUUUGGUGGUGUUGGCGGAUUAAUUGUACAUGGCUCACGUUUAAUUAAAUCAAGUAACAAAAAAAAAGAGUUGCCUUGCUUUCCUUCAACUUGCUGCUGAGUUUUAUGUCUUUCAAAAGACCAGUAAACACAAACUGAUAAAUGGACAGCACAUUUAUUUUGUAUGCAUUUGAAAUCGUACUGCAUCUACAACAUACAGCACAGAUAGGUUUCAGUUCUUCCUCUUGGGAGUUUGUAAAGAUGAAUCACUUUCUUUUUAAAGGACAAUGACCUUCUCAUAAACCAGUCACCGUGGAGGAACAAACUGCCCGGAGCUGAGGGAGAAACUCUGGGAGGAUUUCCUGUCAAGUUCCUUGUUCAAGUGGUAAAAUAACUUCCUGUAAACAAUGAUUUAUCCUUAAACUUAGUGUCACAGCUUUUCACAACUUAAAUUUUUCAUGACCAGACGAGGCUGUCCAAGAUCCUCAUGAUCAAAAAAGAGCACAUCAAGCACUUGAAAGAAAUGAACACAGAGGCUGAGAAACUAGUAAGAUCAUCCUUUAAAAAGACUCCAAAUCAUGUCUUGUUUCAAGAAAGACAAAUCAUUACUAACUUCAAAUUUUGAUUGUGUUUGUGCUUUUAGAAGUCAUACUCGAUGCCGAUUGACCUGGACUUUCAGAAACGAUAUGCCACCACAGUACUUGAGCUUGAACAGCUCAAUAAAGAUCUUAACAAAGUCCUUCAUGAAGUUCAGCAGUUCUGCUGUGAGGUAAUUCAGCUCAUAUGCUAAAACAGUAUUCUCAUGCUGACUUGUGAUUUUUCAUGGGCUGUACUAAUAAAUACAAUUCAUAAAUAAUAGGAAAAUGAAUAUAUGAAAGCCAGUGACCCCAUGUUACCUUGUAGCUUGCUCCAGAUCAAGGCAUGGUUCCAGCCGACCACCCUACAGAGCUGCGGCGGCGCUGUGAAGACGAGGCUCAGCAGAUGGUGCAGCUGAGUAGCUCACUGAAGGAGGGUCAGCAAACGGUGUCAAAUCCUAGCCUCACACACCUCGUCUCUCGCCUCACCGCACUACUGCUACAGAUCAAGGUAGGGGAGAUGUAGAUAUACUGUAGCUGCUCGUCAGGAAGACUGUGGGUGUAUGCAGCAUUGUGUAACAGUCUAUAUAGGGGAGAGGUCAGCAAAAGUGUGGCAGCAACAUCAAUGCUUUAUCAAGUUGGUUGUGAUCUUUAACAAUUUAGCUAUAUGCUUUGGUAACCUGUUAAUGUCGUAAUUUCUCCUGAUUUGUUUCAGUGUUUGGCAAACGGAGGAGACCUGAAUUCAUUCGAGUUUAAAUCCCUGACAGACUCCCUCAAUGACAUCAAGGCAUCAAUUGAUCCCUCCAACCUCAGGUAAAUAGAUUGUAUUUCCGUCCAUACUUAUAGUUUCAUGACAUAACUUAUUUUUUUAAUUUACCAAUCCAGUGUCACCUGUGAACCCCUCUUGUGGGUCUCAUACCCAACAUUUCUCACACUGCUGUCUCCUCUGUUUUUUUAGUUGCUUCCAGAAUAAUGUGGAAAUCCACGUUGCACACAUCCAGAGCGGCCUUAGUCAGCUCGGCAACCUGCAUGCAUUUGCAGCCAACAACACGAACGCAGUCUGAGCACCUAUAUCAUCCACAUGCACUCGCACACACACACACACACACACACACACACACACACACACACAAACAGGUGCAUGCUCACACAGAAAUGUGAGACAUUCAUGAGGUGGUGCUUUCACCUGAACUGUUCUAAAACUACAAACAAAAGCUCACAUGGAUGUUGUGGACAACCACAGACCAGACCACCUGAGGCUUAAUGCUGACAGGAGGGAGGGGAUGUCCGAAGUAUUUUACCCACCCUUUUAAUGGUAUGACUAUGUUGCUGCACUCAAUUAGACACAAACCUAAAAGAGUGUAACAAUUGCCACAAAUCCACAUCUCCAAACACUCAAGGUUAUUUCGUGGAUUCAUGUGCCAAACAUUGAUUCUUACAGUUUUUAUAGUUCAUAUUUAUUUAUUUUUGAGUAGGUGUGUAUGGUUCUGAAACAAUAUUUUGCUACCUGUAAAGCGUCCCCCUUUAAGUGUUGUGUUCUAUUGUUCCACUGACUGUAAGCACAGGGAGGCUAAAGAAUGUUUUAUAAAAUUGUGUAUUGUAGAUAAUUGUACAAUAACUGAUUAUUAGGCCUAUUGUAAACAUUUCUGCUGUGUAUACAGAAAUGACUUUUGUAAUUUUGUGUGCACUGAAAAGAGAUUUUGGUAUUUUUAUAAAGGAGAACUCUGGUUUUGAUGCCUUUUACUCACUGACAAUAUCUAAGCUUUUCCAUCACUGGCAUGGCUGUUGCUGCAGACCCAUCCUAACCCCUACACACACACACACACACACACACAAAUCCUGUAUCACUCUUUAAGUUCACCCCUGCAGUUUUUUUCUUUUGAGAGAGAAUCUCCUUUUUCAGUUUUGUAAAGUUGUAUAUGAGAGUGCCUCAGGGCGAUUGUAUAUAAAUGUUUCUGUCUUUUAUAUUAAACAUAAUAUUGCAAAGCAGAA